AUGUUUGCUAAGAAAAAUCAAAUUCUUUUUUCUUUUCAGGUAGUCGUCUUCUCCUUCUUAGUAGCAGUAGCACACAGCAGUGCCAUAGGCAGCGCUGAUUCCAGCAGCUUCUCCUACGGGGUAUCGGACCCCCUGACUGGUGACGUGAAGAGUCAGCAGGAGACCCGCGUUGGAGACAGCGUCGUCGGCCAGUACUCUCUCCUCGACUCCGACGGUACGCGCCGCACUGUUCAGUACUCCGCCGAUGCCCAAAACGGCUUCAACGCGGUGGUCCGUAAAGACCCCGCAUAUGCCGCCGUGGUCCCCGCUGCCCCCGUCGUAACAGCGAACGUGGCAUACGCUCAAGCUCCCGUGGCAUACGCUCAAGCUCCCGUGGCAUACGCCCAGGCUCCCGUGGCUUACGCCCAGGCUCCCGUGGCAUACGCGCAAGCUUCGGUGGCGUAUUCCCCUGUUGUCUCAGCCCCACUUGCCUACGCAGCCCGCGGAUAUGCCAAGCUCUACUGAGUUAAGACUAUGUAUUAGUAGGUAAAUAUGUACAGCUCAACCCAUCGACUGCCACAAAGACUGUCACUGAAAAAGU